AUGUAAUUUAUUCCAUUUUCACCAUUGAUUGAUAUUGGAUUUUGGUCUUAAUUAUCUAGGAAUAAAAUUGAAAUCUACAAAUUAGAUGAUGCAGAGAGAUCUUUAUUAGUAAAAACUAAAAUAAAUCCAUAUCCAGAAAAAACAUCUUAAUUAUAUUUGGAUAUUUAUUCAUUCUAAGAUGAUAUCACAAUCAACAAAUCUGGUCCGUUUGAAGUUUAUUCCAAAAUAUAAUUCUAAAAUUACAACACUAUUGAGGCAUAUCAAGAAUUUGAUCAUUUAGAUUAUACUUAAAAAGCAUUUCAAAAAAUGAUUGAUUCAUUCUAAAAGGAUGAGAAACCUAAUCUAUUUCAAGCAAGAAUGAGUAUUUUUGCAGAUUUAAAGAAAUAUUUAUUCUACUAUAAAUUGUUUGUACCUUAAUUUUUAAUUGAAAAUGUAUAGUAGGUCCUUUAAAAAAAUCUAAUAGAUUAUUUAGGUGAUAAAAAUUAGUAAUUUCAAUAGCAAUUAUCUCUGAUAAUUCAAUAAUAAUAGAAAGAGAUAUGCAACAAUUCAUUUAUAAUUUUGAAUAAGGAAAGUUUGUAAUUGGUACAAUUCGAUGAGUAUUAAAAAGAUAAAGAAGAUGUAAUCUUUUUAUAUUUUGAUUCUUUUAAUUAACCUUAAUUGAAUGGAUAAUUCAAUAAUUUUAUAGCUUAUCUGAUAACAAGUAACUCUUUUAAAGAAUAAAUUAAAAAUAUUAAAAUAAUAGUAAUAAAGGAUAGUUUGAUAAUAAAUAAAAAUUAAUUCUAAUUAAAGAAUUCAAUUUAUAUAGAAUUAAAUCUAAGUGAAUCAAAAAUAAUUAAAUAAAAUGGAUAAUAUAAGGCAUUUAAUAUUGAGGGUUAUCUAUAGGAAAAGAAAAUAGAUUUGAAAUCAUUUAUGGAUGAAUAAUCGUAAUAUAAAUUUAAAUUUUAGUUUAGCAAAAGAAGCUGUAGAUUUGAAUAUAAAAUUAAUGAAGUGGAGAUUAUUACCUGAAUUGGAUUUAGAGAAAGUUUAAGCUUAGAAAGUAUUAUUAAUAGGAGCAGGUACAUUAGGAUGUCAAUUAUCAAGAAAUUUAAUAGGAUGGGGAAUAAGAAAGAUAACAUUUGUUGAUUAUGGAAGAAUAUCAUAUAGUAAUCCAGUUAGAUAAAGUUUAUAUGAUUUUGAAGAUUCUACUAAAGGAGGAAGACCAAAGGCAGAAGUGGCAGCAGAAAAAUUAAAAAAGAUAUUUCCUGAAAUAGAAAGUGAAGGAUAUUAACUUUAAAUACCAAUGCCUGGCCAUUUUGUGACAGAAUAGUAAGUUGAAUCAACAUUGAAUUCCUUUUAAAAAUUGAGUGAAUUGGUAAGUAGUCAUGAUGCUAUAUUUUUAUUAACAGAUUCAAGAGAAUCAAGAUGGUUACCAACAGUAUUAAGUAAUGCUUAUGGAAAGAUGUGUUUUUCAGUAGCUUUAGGAUUUGAUUCAUUUCUGAUUAUAAGACAUGGUAUAUCUUUAAAAAAAUAUAAUCCUGAAAUACAUGGUGAAAGAUUAGCAUGUUAUUUUUGUAAUGAUAUUGCAUCUCCUGGAAAUUCAAUGAAAGAUAGAACUCUUGAUUAAUAAUGUACAGUAACUCGUCCAGGAUUAUCAUUUUUGGCUUCAGCUUAUUCAUCUGAAUUAUUUGUUAGUUUAAUUCAUAGUCCGUUAUUAGAUGGUACACCAGCUUCUGAUGAUUCAGAAUAAUUGUAAUAAACUGAUUUAGGAAUAUUACCACAUUUCUUAAGAGGUUAAUUAUCAGAUUUUGAUAUUCGAUUAUUUUAUGGAAAAGCUUUUAAAAAGUAUAUAAUAAAUAUAAUUUAGUUGCGUUGCAUGUUCUUAAUAAAUUUUAGAGGCAUUAGAAAAGAAUCCAUAAUCGUUUUUAUUAGAAACUUUGAAUCGACCUGAUGUUUUGUAAGACAUCUCAGGAAUAACUGAAGAACUUACUAUGAAUAAUUAAGAGAUUCAUGAAAUUUAAGAUCUUGAUGGAGAUGAUGAUUGCUCUGUCUUAUAGAUUAUAUCCUGAAAUUUAAUAUUAAUA